AUACUUAGUGACUCAAUUCUUGGUAUCAAGCAGUAUUUUCAGUUUCGAUCGGGGGUUAUACGAUAUUUUGCGGAAGUUUUAUGCUGUAAAUUUAUUUGGGAAGUAAGAUUUUAGUGUGUUUUUAUCUUUUGUGGAGGUUCUACAUUUAUCUGAGAGACAAUGGAUGGAAAACUCAACUUGAAGCACAAAACUUCGAUCAUUAGAUUUAUUGGCAGUGGUGCUAAAGAUUUUCAUCUAUUGUAUAGCUUCACUCGUGAUGGGGCUAAUGCUACAACCUUUCAUCAAAAGUGUGACAAUAAAGGUCCAACUGUUACUGUCGUUUACAACACAAAGGAUUCAAUAUUUGGGGGAUACGUUGAGAAAAGUUGGACCUCGGACAGCACUGGAGCCUAUGUAAAAGAUGAUAGGGCAUUUUUGUUCCGCUUAGAGUCAAAUGGCAAAAUUGCUUUAAAUAAGUUCCCUGUAAAAGCAUCAGAUAAGGCCUUUUAUUGUAUUGACACUCAUGGCCCAGUAUUUGGAUCAGGCCAUGAUUUAGAUGUUUUCAGCGACACCCUUACCGCUCAAGGAAAUCAGUUUAGUCUAAACGGAGUCAUGAAGAUGGGAACCACCUAUGACAUGGGUGGAGUUGCACUCGAUAAAGUAACGGAUAAUGUCAACACUGUAUUUGACGUUGAAGUGUACAGCUUAUCAGAGUCACCAUUAGUUAGUGUUUGGAGAGCAUCGACUGGCUGGGAAUUGGAGGAUUUGAUGUUACUGAAGAAAUAUGCGGAAUCAUAUGCGCCCCCACAUGGACUUGACGUUGAAACGGCUAACAUAUUAGUGAUAGGGCCAGUGGGCGCUGGUAAAUCAAGCUUCUUCAAUACUGUAGCGUCUGUAUUCCGUGGCCAUAUCUCAGACCAAGCUGUUUGUGGAAGUGCAGAGAAAAGUAUUACGUCAAAGUAUCGCAUGUAUCGUGUCAGAAGUUCUCAAAAGCAAAAGCCACUGAAGUUUUGCCUCUGCGACACAAUGGGUUUGGAGGAAAGCCAAGGAAUAGAUGCUCAAGAGCUGGGAUACGUAUUGGAUGGUCACGUUCCAGAUGGAUAUCAGUUUAAUCCAACGACACCAAUAUCUAGUGAAAUCCAUGGUUUUGUCAAGUUUCCAACACUUGGACAGAAAAUUCAUUGUGUGUGUUUUGUAUUUGAUGGAAACACAGCAACCAUUUUGUCGGAAAAAAUGCUUGAAAAAGUGAAAAGCAUGCAGGCAAAAGUUAGGCAGAAAGGGCUUCCCCAGGCUAUUGUGCUUACAAAGAUUGACAACGUUUGUUCCUAUGUCGAAGAAGAUAUAACGAAGGUCUACCAGAGUGAAACCAUUAAAAACCUGGUCGACAAAGUAUCUAACAUAUUUGGUGUUCCUCGAAGUUUCAUUCUUCCACUGAAGAAUUACGAAAAAGAGAUAGAUGUGGACACACACGUGAGCAUUUUAGCAAUGCAUACACUGAAAAGGCUUUUAUUGUCUACAGAGAAUCAUCUCUUUAACUUCCUAGAUACACUCGAUGUCAAGCAACAAGAAGUUGAAGGCCGACAUGGCAAAUAAUAUAAAGUUUACCUAUUACUGUAACAAUUGAUUUGUUACGACCGAGACAUUGUUGAAAAAUUGUGACAUUUAUUAACUGGAUUUUAACCAUGAAAUGGAGAAAACUCGGAACAUUUUCAGUGAAGCUUACAAACAAAACACGACAGAAUGUAUGAUAUGCUCAGUGUAAAGAUAUUUUUCUUAUAUCUUUAUUUGACAAUGUUUGACCGACAAAACAAAAUAAAGCGGUAAAUGGGGCAAGGAAUUUGGCUGGACUGAGAAAUUUAUUUCAAACCAGCUGACCACCUACCAGACAAAAACGUUGCCAUUAGAUUUGUUGUAGUUAAUUUGUAAAUAAAAUAGGUAUAGUGAUUUGAGAUAAGAAACAUUCUUUUGCAUCCUCUGUAUGGAUAUGCUUUUGUUGCUGUUGUUUUUUGUUUGUUCUUCUUCUAUCUUAUCCCCCCCCCUUUGUCUCUCUCGCUCUCUGUAGAUAGAAGAGUACCCGUCAAUAAAAGUUGGUCUUUCAUCAAGGAAAGGACACGAUUAAUUUAUAAUUAGAGCACAGUUAUCAAACUUUAAAGAUUUUGAUAUCUAGAUAUUUUCAAAAUAUAAAGCUAAAAUAAUAGUUUGUUAAUCGAUAGUCGUUUAUUACAUUAUGUGCAAGUUUCAUAAAUUUCGACUGCAAGCUGAUUAAACAUGACGAAAGCCUGAAAACCCACGAAUACGUGCUCUAUCAGAAAUAACCCAAGCCCAUACAAAAUUAUACAAAAGUACGUCUUUUGUGAGUGUUACGAAUGAGAUGAAAAGAAUAAAAACAUGUUUUUUU